CAGUUCAUGCCUCAGAUGGGCAUGGGGAUGAUGGGUAUGAAUCAGCCUCCAUUUAUGCCUUCACCUAAGCCGCCUCAUAUUGCGGAUCCACCAUAUCCAGCACCGCACCACCCUUUUCCAAACAUUCAGACCUCUGUCCCAUCCACAGUUCAUUUACCAACACCGCAGCCUAACAUGGUGCCGAACCAGCCGCAGUUUCCGGCAUACAUGAAUCCUUAUAGUCAGUUU